CUUAUCAGCUUCUUCCCCGCACCGCACGGCUUUGUCUCUCUCCAUCGGUGAUCCGUCUAUCUGGAAAUAGUUUUCUCGCCUGUUUCAGCCAUUUUCUUUCACUUUCUAGAAUUUUCAUACCGUAGAAUUUAAACCUCUGCGAAUUAUAAAAAGGGAAAAAAAAAAAUCCAUUUCCUCCGCACACGCACUCUCUCGUUUCAGAGUUUUCACUUUCUCUGUUCACGAGCCAAAUCUCAGCGAAAUUUUAUCACUAUUUCUUCACGCUUCUCUCUGUCAAAGGAUCUCCGCAGAAUUUCUCACAAAUUUUCCAUUUUCUCUCUCCUUCCAGAGUUUUUUCAUCUUCCAAAAUCGGAGCAAAGUUCUGUCUCACUCUCGAGAUUUUUUUAUUCAAGUCUCCUCUAAAAAGAAUCUCUUCAAGAUUUUCUCUUCAACUUAUUUAAUAUCUCAUGUUAUAAUUGUCCUCGUAUUUGCACAUUUGGAUCGAAAAUCAGCGCUGAGUAUUUGUAAUUCGGUGAGAAAUUUGAAACAGAGGUUGAUUUCUGAAUCUCUGUUCGAUUUCUCCUUCUAUCUCAGAAAUUUUGGAAGACAAUUGGUGGCUUUCGAGGAUGGCGUAUUCCGUCGUUUGCCUUCCAGGUGAAGCGUUGAACUCGUGUGCUUUCUGAGCAUUGGAGAUUCCUCAGAUGGACAGUUCAGAGACAUAGAUUCUGUAGCUUGCGUGAAUAAAGUGAUUUGAAUUAUCAGUAAUUGGCAGCUUGGGUGUAGUAUAUCUGGAUAUGAUGGCUUCCCAGUUUGGUUCAAUGUUGACAAGGUUGGGUAAUCUAUCCACUUCUGAUCAUGCGUCUGUGGUGUCCAUCAAUCUAUUUGUGGCACUCCUUUGUGGUUGCAUUGUGAUUGGUCAUCUUCUUGAGGAGAACCGGUGGGUGAAUGAGUCAAUCACUGCCCUUGUGAUUGGUGUGUGUACUGGAGUUGUUAUUUUGCUGACAAGUGGGGGAAGAAGCUCACAUCUUCUGGUCUUCAGUGAAGAUCUUUUCUUUAUAUAUCUUCUUCCGCCCAUUAUAUUUAAUGCUGGGUUUCAGGUGAAAAAGAAGCAAUUUUUUCGGAACUUUAUCACUAUCAUGCUGUUUGGUGCGGUUGGAACACUAAUAUCUUGUGGCAUAAUAACAUCAGGUGUUAUGCAAUUCUUUAGUAAAUUGGAUAUUGGUUCCUUCGAUAUAGGAGAUUAUCUAGCCAUUGGUGCGAUAUUUUCAGCAACAGAUUCUGUUUGCACGUUGCAGGUGCUUAACCAGGAUGAGACGCCUUUACUUUAUAGCCUGGUCUUUGGGGAGGGGGUUGUAAAUGAUGCAGCAUCAGUUGUUCUUUUCAAUGCAAUCCAGAGCUUUGAUCUCACCCACACCAAUCUUAGGAUUGCAUUGCAGUUUAUUGGCAACUUUUUUUAUUUAUUUUUUACAAGCACUAUGCUAGGAGUCGUAGCUGGGUUGCUCAGUGCUUACAUUAUCAAAACUUUGUAUUUUGGCAGGCACUCUACUGAUCGGGAGGUUGCCCUUAUGAUGCUUAUGGCAUACCUUUCCUACAUACUUGCUGAACUAUUCUAUUUGAGUGGCAUUCUCACGGUAUUUUUCUGUGGGAUUGUAAUGUCCCAUUACACGUGGCACAAUGUUACAGAGAGUUCAAGAGUCACUACCAAGCAUGCUUUUGCAACCUUGUCAUUUGUAGCUGAGAUUUUCAUCUUCCUUUAUGUUGGUAUGGAUGCCUUGGACAUUGAGAAAUGGAGAUUUGUGAGCAAAACUCCUGGAACAUCAGUUGCUGUGAGUUCGAUACUGAUAGGUUUGGUUCUGGUUGGAAGAGCAGCUUUUGUUUUUCCCCUAUCCUUUUUAUCCAACUUAGCCAAGAAGACCCCAACUGAAAAAAUCACUUUCAGGCAGCAAGUUAUAAUAUGGUGGGCUGGUCUCAUGAGGGGUGCUGUGUCUGUGGCCCUUGCUUAUAAUCAGUUUGCAAGGUCGGGACAUACUCAAUUGCGAUCAAAUGCAAUCAUGAUCACCAGCACCAUAACAGUUGUUCUUUUCAGCACAGUGGUAUUUGGUUUAAUGACUCAACCUCUUAUAAGAUUCUUGCUUCCUCAUUCAAAAAACACAACCAGCAUGGUAUAUUCAGACUCAUCAACUCCAAAAUCGUUUGCGGUGCCACUUCUUGAGAGCGCACAGAACUCUGAUGCUGAUAUGGGUGGCCAUGGUUUCCCACGCCCUAGUAGCCUUCGCAUGCUCCUGACAACCCCAUCUCGCAGUGUUCAUCACUACUGGCGCAAGUUUGAUGAUGCCAUUAUGCGUCCAAUGUUUGGUGGGCGGGGUUUCGUCCCAUUCGUUCCUGGCUCACCAACUGAAAGGUCUGCCCCUCAGUAACAGUGAGGAAAGAGCCACAAAAAUACAAGCCUACAUGCACUCUGAAAAAGUCCAAAUAUGUAAGUCUGCUUGGAACCUGUGCUAGUGUUGCUUUCUGUGAGCUUUUGGUGUGGCUGAUGAGAAUGCGUUUGUAUCAUAUUUUGCCAUUAUAUCUUUCAUGUAUUAUAUACAAAUAGCUUAUUUCAUUGGCCCCUAGUGUCAUCUACUGAGGGGUUGCCCAAUAAAUUGAUUGAUCCGGUCUUAGUAUCAAUAGAAACUUCUCGGGUUUUAGUAGGAAUUUAGUGUAAUAUUUUUCUAGUAACUGUUUAUAUUUUGAGGAUUAAUAAUCGAACACCACCUUUACUUUUGGGUUC